UGUAUUUUAAGCUUCCAUAAACGUUUAAUUAUUUUAUUGUUGCUAAACACUUGUAAGGAGCGAAGCAGUUUCUUUGUUUAAUGGCGUCCUGAUAGGCAAAUUCUCCAUUUUUUUGUAAUAUGUAUCCAUUUCAACUCACCACAGAGUUUUAAUAGUUAUUUUCCUCUAUGUCAUAUAUCAUAUCUCAUUUUACUAAAAAUCGCUCAUGGUAAGCCCUCAUCAGAGCUUUGUUUACAUUCGCUACGGCAGCCAUCUUGGAUUAUUAGAACUUGUCGACCCGGGUCGAUUUGCCUUAGUUGGUCGUUCGAUCAUAGGUCGGGUCGACCGGGUGCUGAAUCGACCAAGGAAGAUCAGCGUUCUUUUGGAAUCAUUCCGGUUCGAGCCUUCACGAAGAACGGUCGUAUUUCUGUAUCAUAAGAACUAAAGAGGUGCUAUUCGGUGGAUGAUCAAGAGAACAGUUAAACUUGAAUCGCCGAUCCAGUUUGCAGAUAAGAUGAACAGGUUUUCCAAUGGGGGUCUCGCAUAUCGUUGUAGCCAUUGCGGCAAAGUGGACAGAAAGGGGAGACUGGUGGCCCACAUACUGAGAGACCACGUACCAGAAAAGCAAGUUCCCUUUUUCUGCACCCUAUGCAAGUUCCGGUGUGAAACCAGGGAUGAUUUACUAAAACACCUCACCAAAUACGCGGGCCAUGUGAGGGCAGUUGGCAGCAAUCAGAACAUUGACCUUAAACAGAUACUGAUCAAGUCCAACGUUCCUUGGUUUGUGUCAGCUAACGAUAUGACCCCGAUAAGGGAAGAAGACGAUGACAUGUUUAUGGAUCCAGAGGAACCAGCACUUCCACCAUGGCUCCUGGAUGUGAGGCCGUUGAAGAGGAAGGCGGACUCCUCACCAUCAACCAUGUCGCUUCCAUUAAGUCCGCAGUAUACAGAUCAGAGGUACGUGCUACCCAGAUCAAUGGUAGAAUCCCAGGAAAUAUUCCCUGACCAAUCAACUGCUCUUGUUAACCCAGCACUGUACACGGCCCCUAGCUUUGAUGAAGAUCCUUUGACAGCACUGGUCCAAACCUUGAAGACACCACAGUCAUCGCCUAAGGCCCGGGCAGCCACACCUCUCAAGGACGAACCAGUGGACAUUCUUCCUACAGAACAGGACAAGGCGGAUCCACUUCUCUAUGAGAUAAUAUCAAUGUCAGAAAAGGCGUCUCAAACAGAGAAAGGACAACCCAAUGCCGAACUGCAGGCUAUCCAGAGAGCAUCGGAGACAGCUGCUCAAGCCUGUCAAGCCACCGCCAGAAACACCGAAAGGAUACUAGACGAGCUUCGUCGUUUGGAACGCAGAGUAACUUCCAUCGAGAGAGCUAUUGAUAGUCGAAGGCGGGACAAGGAAAACAUGAGGCCGUGCAAAAUGUAACUAUGCCUUGGAAAUGAUCGCCUUCUGCUUGAAUUGCAGGGGCCCACUAAGUGCUGGUAAUCCACGCGGGCACUUGGUGGGUAUUCGUCGCGCCUGCUGGGAAGCGGGCCCACGUAGUACCAGUUGGUGCUAUCUGGGUAUUCGCUGAUCACGGCGUGGGUGGUCAGUCCGUACUGUGCAUUUGUCGCUUAUGGGGGCAUGGUACGGGUAUUUCCCCCCCCCCCCCCAUCUGUGGACUCUUCUUGAAGAUCUUUACCUGUGAAAAUAAAUAUGGACAUUUAAUUUAUACAACAUGCACAGUUAACUUACAAACUAUUACAAAGUGUCAGGACAAUUAAAACAAAUGUGUUAAGAUUUCUGUGAUACAUAAGAGUGCUCAAUUUUAUUUAAUAACAUUGUGUUUAACUUCAAGAGACAUUAUUGUGUGUGUGAACCUCAAGUGACAUUUUUAAGUGUAUGAAUACACUGUGUAAGAUUUCUGUGAUACAUAAGAGUGCUUAAUUUUAUUCAAUUAUAUUGUGUUUAACGUCAAGUGACAUCUUGUGUGUGUGUGAACCUCAAGUGACAUUUUUAAGUGUAAGAAUACACUGUGUAAGAUUUCUGUGAUACACAAGAGUGCUUAAUUUUAUUCAAUUAUAUUGUGCUUAACCUCAAGUGACAUUUUGUGUGUGGGAACCUCAAGUGACAUUCUUGUGUGUGUGAAUACACUGUGGAAGGUGACAUUUUCAAAGUGAACAGUGAUUUUGUGAUCUCAAAAGUAAUUGAUCUCAAUUAUUAUAUAUUGCUUGUUCUUGUUAACAGUUUAUAGUUAUAUCAUUGUUGGUUCCUCAUUGUUUGUUAAGGCUGCAGGAGCUUAGCCUUCCUGCAGGAGGGGGUAAUGAUGCGCCCCACCUUUUGUUCAAUGAUAUUCGGAAUAUUAAUAUUUGUUAAUAAAUUAUACAAUUUAUGUAGUAAAUGAACACUUACCUUUUAAUACAUGUAUUAACAUUCCAAGAGUUUUGAUGAUCACCAGUGAGGGAAUUUUAUUUAAAUACAUGACUGCAUAUUUUUUAUGUCUAUACAGAAUGCAUUUUAUAAGUAAACCCCCCCCCCCCCUCACUGUAUUUUAAGCUUCCAUAAACGUUUAAUUAUUUUAUUGUUGCUAAACACUUGUAAGGAGCGAAGCAGUUUCUUUGUUUAAUGGCGUCCUGAUAGGCAAAUUCUCCAUUUUUUUGUAAUAUGUAUCCAUUUCAACUCACCACAGAGUUUUAAUAGUUAUUUUCCUCUAUGUCAUAUCUCAUUUUACUAAAAAUCGCUCAUGGUAAGCCCUCAUCAGAGCUUUGUUUACAUUCGCUACGGCAGCCAUCUUGGAUUCUUAGAACUUGUCGACCCGGGUCGAUUUGCCUUAGUUGGUCGUUCGAUCAUAGGUCGGGUCGACCGGGUGCUGAAUCGACCAAGGAAGAUCAGCGUUCUUUUGGAAUCAUUCCGGUUCGAGCCUUUACGAAGAACGGUCGUAUUUCUGUAUCAUAAGAACUAAAGAGGUGCUAU